AUGCCAGGUUUUCUCCGUGUUGCGGACAUCCCAGGGAAGUUAGCGAAAGCGAAGAAGUUCAGCCUCAAGAGUGGAUGUACACGGGCCAUGGUCAACAUCCAACAUUCCCCUCCCAUCUCGCCACCACAACCGUUCGGUAAUGGACCCAAUCUUAUACGUCCCAGGGUCGUAGGCCAAUACGCUGGGAACCAAGAUUUCAACACGUCUGAUGUGAAUUCCGAAUUCCAUGGUGAUCGCUUCGCUUGCGGUGGAGAAGAACGAAGGGUCGGUAUGCUCGGCUGGGAUUUCCAAGAUGGCUUGUUCGUGGUUGUCGAAGCGGAGGUGGAGGGCCUUUUGCACAAAACUCCUACCUGUCUUUCAGCAGGCUGA